CUGUACGAGGAGCUAAAAGGUUGUGUACUAUUGUCAGAGAAGAAGAAAUGGGAGUUUAUUGUGUGCUGUGCGGCAAUCGGAACAAAAUCGUUUCAUAUCACCGGUUUCCGAAAGAUAGGCAUAGUAGAGAAAAAUGGUUAUCUUUCUGUGGAAUCAGAGAGAAGGAUCUCAAUACCGCUACCUUCCUAUGUUCUAAUCAUUUUAAGGAAGAGGAUUUAACAAAGAGAAUAAAUUGUGUUAUUGUAAAUCCUGGAGCAAUACCAUUCAUCAAGACACAAAAAAGAAAGAAAAGAUCAAAUACAACAGAUGACAAAUAUCAGCCACUAAUGAAAAAACACAAUUGGGAUGAAAUGUCCAUUGUGGAAGCUAGUACAUCCUCUGAUAAUUCUCAGACAGCAGCUAAUACUGUAUCUAUAUUGAUCGAAGUGAACUGUCAAACAUCUCCAAGAACAACACCUACCUGUUCUCGAACCUCGAUACGUUGGUGACAUUCGAACGCCACAUUUAGCUACACCUCGACGAGCAAAACGAGCUAUAGCUCUGACACGACGAGUUAUCAGUCAACAUACGAGGACCAUUAAAUCAUUGCAGCAGUCACGAAACAGAUUACGUGCGCGCAUAAAAAGCAUAAAAGACUUAUUAACCGAGUUGAAUCGAAAGAAUUUAAUUUCUGAAAGUGCUUUUGACAAUUUGAUGGUAAGUUUGCGUUGCAAAUAUACUGAUGACUGCAAUUGUAAAUGAAAUAUAAUUGUAAUUGUUACGAAUUUGUAAUAUAACAUCAAUUGUAAAUAAUUUAUGGAAUUCACACGUAAGUGCAAUUUUAUAUAAUAGAUUAGAAUAGAUAAUCGAUCAUUCAUACGUAUUUUACAUAUAGAUUAUUCAUAUGUAAUUGUACAUAAUAUUAUAUUUUAUAUCGUAUUAAUCUCAUUUGUGCUUUAAUGUUUU